AAUCUAUAAUAUAUGUUACAUGCAUGGAAGACCGUGGUUACGAAUAAUUACAUAUAGCGAUCGGUAAUAAGCAUGCUUGGUUAUCGAUAGAAUUACAUAACGGCAAAUAUAUGUUAAUAAUAAGAAUUAUGUUAACAAAUAAAAAAUUAAAUCAAUGGAAAUAAGCAAUUGCGUUUAGGGCUAUCAUGUUAUUUGUUACUCAUUCAAUAAAAAUAUGUCGGCACAUAUCAUGCAACUUUGUGUCAAAAUUUUCUAUCAUCACGUGUUCUGGCUUCCUAAGGCAAAAGUCGAUGAAAACUUUGCGUAUGGAGGAACCAACACAGUUGAUGGAAGAUGAUCGAUUGCAGAUUGGUGCAAUAAAUCCACUAAUUCCUUUUCCUACUAAGAAAAAUGCUGCAUGUGAAAUAAACAAGAAUCUACAUAAAGUAGAAAAGCCAGAAUGGAGAUCAAUAGUAGUCAAUUAUAAUAUACUUCAUAAGCAUUAUCUUAAGUUGUCAAAAAUUAAGUUGACAUCUCUUGUCGUAGCAACAACUAUGGCAGGAUAUGCAUUAGCUCCUGCACCAUUUGACAUUUACACAUUUGCAAUGUGCUCCCUUGGUACAGGCUUGGUUUCUGCUGCAGCAAAUGCAAUUAAUCAAUUUUUUGAAGUUCCAUUUGAUGCACAGAUGUCGCGGACGAAAAAUCGAGUAUUAGUAUGUGGUCAUUUGACGCCUGCUCAUGCAGUGGCAUUUGCAACAGUAUCUGGUAUUAUUGGAUUAUCAAUACUUUACUAUGAGGUGAACAGUGUGACAGCAAUGCUAGGUACUGCUAAUAUUAUUUUAUAUACACUCUUCUAUACUCCUAUGAAACGCAUCAGUAUUGUCAAUACGUGGAUUGGUUCUAUUGUUGGAGCAAUACCUCCUCUUAUGGGCUGGGCAGGUUGUACUAAUGAUAUACUCAUGCCAGGUGCUUGGAUUUUACCUGGUAUUCUGUACAUGUGGCAGUUUCCACACUUUAAUGCUCUUUCAUGGAACUUAAGACCAGAUUAUUCACGAGCUGGUUAUCGAAUGAUGGCUGUUACAAAUCCAAAUUUAUGUCGUAGAACAACUGUAAGAUAUACAAUAGCAUUAAUGGCUUUGUGUUACUUAGCUCCUAUAUUGGAUUUAACCCAUUGGUGGUUUGUACUGGCAUCAACCCCAAUCAAUAUAUCUUUCCUUUAUUUAGCCUGGAAAUUCAAUAAUCACUCGGAUAGUGCUAAUUCUAGAAGAUUAUUUCGAUUUUCGUUACUCCAUCUACCUCUAUUGAUGGUGCUGAUACUUUCAAGCAAAAAGUAUUGGACCAACGUGGAAAAAAAAGAGGAAAAUGUAUCUCUUUAUGAGACAGCAAAGAAAAGUGGCUUAUUAACUAUUUUUACAUCUAUUGCUUCAACAAUUUCAUCUGUGUGAUAGUAAUUUUAUAUUAAUAGUUUUUAACAAUAGUACAAAUUAUUAUACUGCAAACUUUGGAUUUAUCUGAUUUUUAAUAUCUUUCUUUCUCUCAUUAAUUAUGUAAGAUAAAAUUGUAUAAAACAGACCUUAGAUCUAAUCAAAUCUAGACUAUUUCAAGUUUAA